GCGUCGGCGGCGGCGGCGGCGGCGGCGCGGCCUCCUCCAUGACCUCUUGCUCCUCAAGCGGCGGCGGAGGUGGCCGAGGAGGUGGAGGUGGAGGAGGGGAUGCCAACUCGGCUCUGUCCCCGUCGUCUUCCGGCAACAACGUCGUGUACUCGAGCGCGGAGGAGGAAGAGGAGGACCUGGCGAACUGCCUUAUUCUCUUGGCGCAAGGCGAUGGCCGCCCGAGGCGGGUCGACUGCGACGACCACGACGGCGGCAAGAUGGGGAUCUUCAGCAGCAAGAAGUUCUCCGAGGUGGUCGCCACCGCCGCCGCCGACGCCGGCGUGGCCACCGGGAGGGCCGGCUUCUACGUCUACGAGUGCAAGACUUGCAGCCGCGUGUUCCCGUCGUUUCAAGCGCUCGGAGGGCACCGUGCCAGCCACAAGAAGCCCAAGUCCACGGCCGAUCCUGACCAGAAAAUCAAGCCGUCGACGGUGGUCCUGGGCUUGGACGCAAUUGACGACGAAGACGAGGGGCACUCCGGUAAAAUCAGCCCGCCCCUCUCCGCCCACGUGGCCAGCCACAAGGGGCUCCAUCAAGCGAGCAAGCCCAAGAUCCACGAGUGCAACAUAUGUGGGUCCGAGUUCGCGUCGGGUCAGGCCUUGGGCGGCCACAUGAGGCGGCACAGGUCCGCCCCGCCGCCGACGGCCACCAGCGCCGACGCGACGAGCCCCACCAACCCGCCGGCUGCUGCGGCCAUCACCACCGAGAAGUCCCGCAACAUCCUCUCCUUGGACCUGAACCUGCCGGCCCCGACGGAGGAGGAUCACCACCACCAAGCGCACCGCCGCCGGGAGAACUCGAAGUUCCAAUUCGCCACAAGUCAACAGCCCAUCAUACUAGCCUCGCCCGCCUUGGUGGAUUGCCACUACUGAAAAAAAAGAAAAGACGGGUUCACAUGUCAAUCAAUGUAACACGAAACCAUAUUCAUAUUUUUGUCGAUUUUUUUUUCUCAUAUCCUUAUUAUAAUUCCCUUCGUCCAUCACAAUGAAAUAAAUAAUUUUUCUUUUGCUUGUA